UCGAAGCACAAAACCACAAACAAAAAACAUCAUGGAACAGUUCUACUUCUUCCUCAUGCUCCUCUUCCUUUCCACUCUCUCCCUCUUCAUCCUUUUCUUCAGACACGCUUGUCUCAUGAUGAGCCCUAACCUGCCUCCGGGCAAAAUAGGGUACCCGGUGAUCGGAGAGAGCUUCGCUUUCCUGUCAUCUGGUUGGAAAGGGAAACCGGAGAGUUUCAUCUUAGAGCGCAUGACCCAGUACUCGUCGAGAGUUUUCAAGACCUCGCUCUUCGGGGAACCUAUGGUCAUGUUUUGUGGAUCCGCGUGCAACAAGUUCUUGUUCUCGAACGAGGGCAAGCUCGUUAGGACGUGGUGGCCGGAGAGCGUGAACAAGAUAUUCCCAACUUCGCUGCAGACCAGUGCAACAGAGGAAUCUAAGAAGAUGAGACACAUGCUGCCUCAGUUCCUCAACGCAAAAGCACUUCAACGUUAUGUUGGUAUCAUGGAUAGUGUUGCUCAAAGGCACUUUGCUUCUGAAUGGGAGAACAAUUCACAUGUCACCGUGUUCCCCUUGACCAAGAGAUAUACCUUAUGGGUGGCUUGUCGCUUGUUCAUGAACAUUGAUGAUCCAAACCAAGUAGAAAAAUUUGCAGAACAUUUCAAUCAAAUCCCCUCUGGAAUCUUCUCAGUACCCAUUAACUUGCCCGGAACACCAUUUAACAAAGCAAUCAAGGCCUCCAAGUUCAUCAAGGAGGAGCUGUUGAAAAUCAUCAAGCAGAGGAAGUUAGAUUUGGCUGAUGGAAAAGCCUCACCAACCCAAGACAUAUUGUCUCACAUGUUGGUUUCUUGUGAUGAGAAUGGACAGUACAUGACUGAAGAAUAUAUUGCUGAUAAGAUUCUUGGCUUGUUGAUUGGAGGCCAUGACACUGCAAGUUCUACAUGUUCUUUAAUUGCCAUGUACCUCGCCGAGCUCCCUCAUAAUAUCUAUGAUCGAGUCUUUCAGGAACAAAUGGAAAUUGCAAAAUCCAAAUCUCCAGGAGAGUUGCUGACAUGGCAGGACGUUGAUAAGAUGAAAUAUUCAUGGAAUGUGGCUUGUGAAGUGCUGAGACUUGCCCCUCCACUCCUAGGAGCUUUCAGGGAAGCCAUGGAUGACUUUGUCUUCGAUGGAUUCUCAGUUCCAAAAGGCUGGAAGUUGUAUUGGAGUACAAGUGCAACACAUAAGAAUCCAGAGUGCUUUCCAGAGCCAGAGAAAUUUGACUCGAGCAGGUUUGAAGGAAAUGGGCCAGCUCCUUACACGUAUGUGCCAUUUGGUGGAGGACCAAGGAUGUGUCCCGGAAAAGAGUAUGCACGAUUUGAAAUCUUGGUUUUCAUGCACCACUUAGUUAGGAGGUUCAAGUGGGAAAAGGUGAUUCCUGAUGAGAAAAUUGUGUCUAAUCCUAUAACUACUCCUGCCAAAGGCCUUCCUGUUCGUCUUUAUCCUCACCAAGCUUAAAAGGGACUAUGCUUGGAUAGAUGGAUAUAUCAACUCUUAUCUAAAAGUGAAAAUAGUAUAUGCAACUUAAGUUUAUUUUGUCAUUCUGAUUCGGGGUUGUAUGCUUUUAAUUAAGGUUUUAUAUAUUUUUAAAUCUGAAGUGCUACGUUCUUGUAUGCAAUUUAUUGCUAGAAGGUGCUUAUCUUUAUUGAA